CUCGCUCCCGCUGCGCGCCGCUCGCGUCCGGGGCGACUGGCCCGGCUGCCGCGCCGCGCGGGGGCUGGUGCAGGGGCAGGGGCAGUCAGGCCCCUGCAGGUCGACCGGCGCCUGGUUCUCUUCCCCUGGAGCCUUUGCCAGUGUGUGGAGCCUGCCCCACACCUGCCCACACGCCGAACCACGGCCUUCACCUGCGUUUUCCAGUGUUUCCCCUGCGACCCGUCCUGUGGGGGCACCUCGUGGGCCACCCCAGAGUUCGCGCAGCGGUCCGUGGCUCCAAUGGUCAAGAUGACCCGCUCCAAGACGUUCCAGGCGUACCUGCCUUCGUGCCACAGGACGUACAGCUGCAUCCACUGCAGAGCGCACCUUGCCAACCACGACGAGCUCAUUUCCAAGUCUUUCCAGGGAAGUCAAGGGCGAGCCUAUCUGUUCAACUCAGUUGUCAACGUGGGCUGUGGCCCCGCAGAAGAACGGGUGUUGCUAACGGGGCUGCAUGCGGUGGCGGACAUUUACUGUGAAAACUGCAAAACCACACUGGGCUGGAAAUACGAGCACGCGUUCGAAAGCAGUCAGAAGUACAAAGAAGGCAAAUACAUCAUCGAAUUAGCACACAUGAUCAAAGAUAACGGCUGGGACUGAACCGCGUGGAGAAGCGGCCCAUGAGCCACGCCAGAGGGAGGAUGCCGCCCGAGCGAACACUGAUCUCCGGCAGCGAGCGAGUAACUGAAGACUGCUCGGUUCCAUGCAUUUGUGGGCUUUGUCGCCACCGUCGUGAAGACGCUUCCUCAGCACCCUUUUGCCAUCCUCCCGGGAGACCAGCCUCCAUAACUCCGGUCUCCUUCGCUUUUGUAAUCCGUUCGUGAGUCGACUUUUAGUACACCUCUUUCCCUCUCGCUCCUUCAUUCUUUCUCUUUGCUCUGGCACUGGCGAAAUCAAAACAAGAGAAGAACGAACCCAGUGGCCAAACCGUUUCACAACUUGACGUCUCGGGUUGGUGUGAGGGGGAAGUGGGUAUCUUGUAUCCUACCCUGAACUGCUUGGAAGAUGGCAAAAUAACAACAUUGGAUCAAAAUAGACCCUCAAAGAUAAAGGCAGAGGGAAAGCACGCUCAAGACACAACCAGUAUUCCACCUGCCGACAGUGAAAAGAUGGUAACUGUGCUUGGUUUAGUUCCGUUAAUGUCAUGGAGGCUUUGCAUAGGAUGCCAGUUACGCUCCCGGUCCUGCUCCACGGGACGGUAUGGGCAAACCAGGCGUCCCACGGGGGCACUGCGCCCAGUGACGCCUCAUCUGCUUGGAAUUGCCACCCAGUUAACCUGCCCCCCCCCCCCCGAGGCCUGGGACUCCCACCCACUCCCUGUUCCAGUUUCCACCCUCCCUUGGUGGCGAUUUCUCUUGCUGGCACGGCACUAGGGGCUCACUUGGGUCGCCAUGAACUCCGACCUGGCUGCAGGGCACCCAAAAGCCAGCUCUCCUUCCACGCCAGGCGUGACAGCACCCGUUUUUGUCGCAACAGCCAAUUUUGUCCCCUGCGUGUGUGCGAGGGCAUGUGCCGCUGUGGUGGACGCGACGGCCUGCGAUUCCCAUCAGCCCCACCCCGUGGUGUGGGACGACGGUAGCCCAGGCCGAAAUAUCUGGAGGACCACCCUUGUCCGCCACGGUGUGGGCGCUGGCUGGGCUCCAUCCAUGGGCUGCGUGUGGGUUCUUGCAGAACCUGGAUUGUGGCCAAAACGAGGUCCUCACGUUGCCUGGAGCCAGCUGAGCUUGACAGGCCGCAAGCAACCCAUGCAGAGAACCCGCGGCUUGCCGUGGGGCCGUCCGUUUUACAUCCAGUGUGUUGGGCGUCCAGCUAGCAUCCCAGCCACCUGCAGUCAGUUUCCGCUCUUCCCUGCGGUGCGUAACUUCUGCCCACCGGCACAGAACCCAGCUUUUGGGGUUGGUGUUGUGACCCCGGGGUCUGGAGGUGCCCGGGCACCUUGCCUUGAGCAAGCCACCCCCCCCCAUAUAAACACAACCUACAGUUCCUGGAGCACAUACAGGGGUGAAUCAGGGAUGCAAACACCAGCAGUCAAGCGACGAAAAGCGUAGUCUCGGGCUCUCAGGAACCCCUUUGCUCGGAGGCAAGGGGAAGGCAGCUGAGAGGAGACCUGGCUACCCCUAAUUCACUUCAGCAAAGGCGUGUGCGAGCAUCUCUCUCCAAAGUUGAAGUGAAGCAUUUACAGUGCUUCGUCCUGUCCCCGAUUCCAGUGGGAGGAUUUUGGGGUUGGUCAUCCAUCCCAACAGAGCCGGCAUGCUGGGAUCUGGCGGCUUUCAGUAUUCCCCAAUGAUGGUUUCAUGGACUUGCGCAGGUGCCAGGUCAGCUAAACUGCUGGCGAGAUUUUCUCUCUCCACCACAAAGGAGGUGCCUCUGAAAUAUUCUGCUCCGAGGCCCACGCACUCUGCGCGGCAAGGGAGUUCCCCGGAACCAGGCCAAAGCUUACUUUUUCAUCCUGGGUUGCUUUAAGGCUCGUGGCAGACGGGUGUUCUCCAUGCCUGCUUGAGCCCAGGAAUCCGAUAAGACAUGACUGACCUUCCCUCUCCAUCAUUUCUGUAGUCUCGGUGGUCUUUUACCUGGAUGCUGGCUAUGGCAGGUAGGGCCAACGUUUGGCCGUGGUCCUUUGGAAUGGGAUUUUGACGGACAGGCCGCCUAGCAAGACAACUAACAGCACAGCCUAUCUCUGGACCGCUUUGCGACCUCGUUUCUCCUAGAUUCUGGUAAAGUGUUUACAUCUCUGGUCAUUACGAUCUCCCUCAUUUUCCCCUCCAAGCGCUCUUUUUCCUUUCCCACAGUUUUGGUUUUUCGAGAAAUCUCCAAGUGGACCAACAACACAGAGGUUAGAUUGCGUUUUGCUAAACCUUGGGCAGUUCUCAUAAAUACGGCAUGCGCCUCCUUUCCCUGCCUCCCACGGUGGCCCUUUUGGUGUGCAUACAUCUUAAAAGACAAAGAAAUAGGCCAUGCUUUCACAAUGGAAUUUCCUGUUUCUUGUGAUCAUAUAGAAGAGUUUUUUUCCUGUAUGUGUGCGUGUGCGUUUCCUAAGAUAAUUAUGUAUUAAAUAUACAUUUCAUAGCAUCAUUUCAUUAAUGAGGGGGAAUCCCAGUUCUUCCCUCCUCUUCAGUCAUGGAGGGUGAAAUUGCUAAUGGGUAACUGAAGAAAAUGGUUUACUUUGCUAAGAAAAGCCUGGAGAAUCAAACAUUUUGGAAUAAUUAUGUAUGGACAUUCAGGAAUCUACCUAUAUUAGAGAGCCAGAAACUGUUGGAGAAGGAGAAAACAAAUGGUUUUUAACUUCAAUUUUUAAAAAGCUUGCAUGCUUUCAAUGCGAGCAGAAUAGCAUUAUGGGUAAGUACAGUGGGCAUCAUAACACUUCCCCUAAAUGAAGAGUCUCUAUUUCCGAUACCAGACUGUGUUUACAGAACUGUGCAGACUUUUUUUCUUGGUUUUGUUUUAUGGGGAGGGGAGGGGGUUGUGUCGUUUUGUUUUGGGCAUAUUCUUCAGGUCAUUUUGCUUCAGUAAUAAAUGUUAAUAAAUUGUUUGGGUUUUAUUUCCAAAUCUGUCUUCACCUCAUCACGCGUUUGUACAUUGUAAAUAGUACUGCAGUAUUAGAGGCAGGGAAGAUUUGUUUGUACAAUGCGUGUUGGUGCUCAUUUGAAAGAAAAAUAAAAGUUUUCAAAUAUAUCAAAA